GACCACUAGACCUCGUCCUGAAGCCUCGACAGGCAGCGUGGGUGAAAGAACACACAAGCAUAAUGUGGUCUGACUUUAAAGAGCCUUAGAGAUGUUCAUAGGAAAAAGUGCAAUUCGAGUUUCACACCAUUGCAGACGAGACCUGGUUUCAAUCUUCAGUCACUCGCUGCUCUCGCUUCACACAAACACAAUGCUGCUGUCUGUCAUCUUCGGCUUUAUGGAGAUCAUGGUUUUGUUCCUGACGCCGUCGUCAGCCGUGAAGACUCUGGAGGUCCGGCUCGGAGCGGCGGUGACGCUGCAGUGUGAUCUGUCGUAUCAUUAUGAGAUUAACUGGCUGAGGAUGAACUCGGAAAUGAAACCUGAGCUUGUGAUGGUUCUGGGGCUGAACAAUCACGGACACUUAUCCGUCACCUGGAGUACCAACAGCUCCAACUUCCAGGGGUUCAUCAAUAACCGGUUUAUCCAGCUGAGAAUCGCACGAGUGUCUGACGCAGACCUCGUCACGUACUUCUGCGCAGCGAUAAAUGAAAAGCGGCUGGAGUUUGGUGAAGGAAUGCGGCUACGUGCCGUCUUGGACGUGCAACAGCCUCCGGAUCAGAAUCUGACACACUGCCAAGGCUCAGACACCAAAUCUGAAGACUCGCGAGGACAUUUUCACACCCACAUGAUAAUCUCCGGAGUGUUGAACUGCGGCGUUCUCCUCAUGGUCUUCACCAUCAUCGCUGUCCACAUCAUGACCAGUGAAAGAAGCCUGUGCUAGUGUUUUUUUUAUCCAUUUUGGUUUACUGAGCAGAUGUUUCAGAGGGCUUUCUGUUAUUAACACAACCAUGUAACUGAAUUGAUCUGUUUCUUGUAUUACAGACGGAUCAGUGGCUUCUCUUUCUCAGUUUAGCAGUUAGCAGCUGUGUAUUGCUUGAUGUUCCGUCGGCUUUUUUUCUCAGUAAAGAUGGUGUCAGAUAACUGAGGUACAGCAGAGUGUUCUUGGCAUAGAAAUAAAAUUAUAGGCCAUGUUGUGAUUCAUAGAACCAAAUGUGAGAGAUGUAGACAAAUGUAGAUAAAUACAACAAUAAUAAUAACAAUGUAAUAUCAAAUGAAUAAACAUCAAAUGUAACCAUAAAACCAGUUUUAAAAAAUAUAUUGGAAAUGUAUAAUAUUUAUCUAAGGUGUGGUUUCAAAUAUAUUCACUAAAGUUUUCUUUAAGAAUGUGUUUAAUUUGUCUGUUAAUAUAAAAUCUUUCACCUUUCAUAUUAGUAACAACAAUUUUAGACAGGUUUAUCCUAAUUUGUUUUAAAAAAUA